AUGAAUAUGGGAUCCUUGGGUGUUGGAAUUCGAGAGCCUCAGAACAACAAUGUGUUCAAUCCUUUUGAUCCAUCAAACUUUGAAUCGCUGACAAAGCCACAAAACGACUUCAACCGUGCGCCCGGUGCGCCCGUCCGUUCUCAGCAUGCUCCAAAAAGUGGCCCAGGAGCUGUCAACUAUCUUCAAAACCCCUCAGGAAACUUCACAAAACAAUCGCUCCAUUACCACGGCCUGAAUCAGCAACAGACCUACCUCCUUCACAACCAACAAAGCAUCUAUUCGUCCAGCAUGCCGAAUAGCUACAGUCAAUCUACUCAAUAUUCCUCUGGAAGUCAGCAGUCAAGUCAGACCAGCUCGCCGGCAGACUUCCGCCGACAGCGAGAGCAAGCAAUUCUUCAAAGUCAAUACGAGCGCGCUCAAGCUACUGUUAGAGCUCAACAGGAAAACAUGCAUCAACUUCAACUUCUACAGGCUCUCUACUUCCAAACCCAAAUGCAAACUCAAGCUCACGGGAUGAGUGCCCCAAGAGAUCGAGCCGAGUUUCAGAAAAACAUGCAGCAGUACGCGAGCACAGGAGCUGUCCCAACUUUGUCCAACUUUGAUCAAAUGAAACGCCAAAAUCAUUCAUUACCGCUUUCGCGAAUGGAUUUCCCCCGUCGAACUUCUAUCCAGCAAGAACGGAUCAACAAAUAUCUCAGCGAGUGUUUGGGAGUCUUCAACGCUCUGAAACGCGAUCUUGAAUUCCACAUUUACAAGGAAAAAUUAACCACUGACGAGAUAUGCACAGAACUUCAAGGAUAUGUUCUGCCGCACCUCCAGAGCAACUUUUCGAAGCUGCCAAGCUCUGCCUACAAAAAUGCAGUGUUUCAGCUCUUUACUGCGCUUCAAAACUGCCGAGAAGCCAGUGAGCAGGAUGCUUAUUAUCGCAAUGUUAAGAUAAUGGACGAUCUCCCGACCUGGGAGCAGCUUGAGCUUCCAGAGUUGGAAGCGAUUCAGGCAAUGUAUGGUGGUCUUCGCUUACUCGAAGAUGAAUAUCUUGACGACUGCCUUCUCGACUUGUUUGAGAUGGUCAUGUGGCGAGUGUGCUCCCGUUCAGAUACUAAGGAAGCAUCCAUCCGCCUUGCGGCCCACAUUAUUUUCAACCGAUUCCAAAUGGACAACGCUCGAAUCAGCCAGAUCGCGGAAGCCGGCAAAAUCCACUUGGAAGCAUCAAUGUGGUUGGUUUUCUCUUUCGACGAGAUUUAUAAAAUCUGCUCUUCUUUGGUGAAGCCCGCUAGCUAUCACGAAAAGAUUGAGAAGAAUACCGAAGCCGACGAACUGUUGCGGUACUGCUUCGAAAACAAUCAGAAGAGUCUUCGCCGAGGAAUGACGACCAAACGCAUUCGAUAUUACAAGAUUCAGCGAGUAAACGAUGACGGCGAUAAAAUCACGCGACUGAACCCAGAAACCUGGUUCAAGUAUCGAAAUGUUCCUUGGCAAGAGCCUAUCGAAGACUUCGAGCAAAUCCUCCCAGAAAAAGGGCGCAAGUUUCUCUACGCUCUUCGCAGUGCUGAUCUGAUGAAAACUGUCGGCAAAUACUGGUGGGACUCCCGAUUUGAACGGGGCAAAUACAAGCAACCACUUGGUGAGCGGAUAAUGCGGGAACAUGGUUGCUUUGCUCGAUAUCUUAUCCGGACCUUCGAGAAUAACGACCCGGAGUUAGAAACACAGGUUGCGCGGCGAUUCUAUUCUGAUCAGCUGCUAAAGCUGAUCAUGGACCGACUCCACCUGCGAAUGGUUGAACAUAAAGUGAGCUCCACGUCCAUCACUUGGCUGUGCAAUGAGUACCCCGGCUUCAUUGACUUCGAUUUCGUCCGCGCUAUGUACUAUAGCAACGAUUGUAAGGACUGGUUCGAACUUAACGAAGAGGAUCAAUGCAUCCAAGUCAAAAAAAGGAAUCAUAACCGUUGGAAUGAAUCCUCUGACGAAGGGGACUCCGACGGAGAAAGUAUCUCCCGGUUCAGUACUUUACCCGUCCAUCAACAAGACUUGGAAUCACGAACUUAUGAAAAUGAUUGGUCUGCUCACGAACAGAACUUUAGCGGGAUUUUGAACUCUGACACUCUUAAUGCUGCUGUUGAAGAUGCCAAGAGAGACGAACUUAUCAAAAAAUGGGUCGACUUCGGAAGCUGGGGUUCUGGUUCAAACGUUCGGAGAACAAGGUACAGAGAUCAAGAGUUCCCUUCGGAAAUCAUCAACGAAGAAGAUGAAGACCCUCCCGUUGCGAUAGAGAAGGAGAAUAAACGCAUGCCAAUCCAGGAAAAUCCAAUGCGAUCGAUGGGAUUGCCUCGAUCCGAAAACUCUUCGGUCCUAACAGAAGUCGUUAGGGACAUGUCCAAUGUCCGCCUUCAGUCUAGUGUCUCAGCUGCAUCUCGCCGUAGCUCUCGGGGACGAAUGCGCAAUCGAGGAUCACGAAUUCACGCAAGUUCUCGAGUACAAGUAUCUCACGGCCUUAUUUCUCGAGACACAAAGUUGAAAAGUAACGAUGAACGAAGCGAGUUCGGCGAAAGUUCAAUCCGUCAGACAGCGACUGGUCAACUUCCAGAAGUCGUCCGAAAUCAGCCUGCUCCUAAAAGAGGAUCUCUGAUCAACUACUACAACGCACCUCGGCCAGCUCCGACUCCUCAGCCACAAAUGCCUGAAUCUGAAGUCGAUGAGCGCUCCGAAUUCGGGAACAGCAACGUUACGCUGCCAGAACCUAACAUGCAGCAAAACCGAUCGAUUGAAGCAGGUCAAAACUACAGCGAAGGACGCCAUCCAUCUACCUAUCGUCGAUCAAUUCCACAAGCCCAACCACCAGUUUCCCAGCACCAGAACUUCAAUCAAAACUACCGCUCCAAUUUCGGCGGCGCUCCAUCUAGUGCUCAAAAUCAACAACUGCCGACUAAUCCUCAGAACCGAUUUAAUCCUCAAGAGGCUCGCCAGACUGGCGAUUCCUCCUUUUUCAAUCUCGGCAACCGGCCAGCUCGAGGUCGCCGUGGACGAGGGUCAGCCAUUGGCCCAAAUAAUGCUACCACUCGCGGACGCGGCUCAAGCCUUGCCACCAGCUCUGGCGGUCGUGGCCGUGGAUACGCUCGUACUCAAAACUCGAUCACUGCGGCUUCGCUCGCCUUCAACUCUUCACUCAAUCGCCGCUAA